AUGUCUGAAAAUAAGGAGAGACUGAAGAUUCUCGCCCUUGAUGGCGGCGGUGUCAAGGGCCUAUCAUCAUUGCUUAUACUAGAGAGAAUCAUGGCAAGGGUUGGUGCCAAGAUGAAAAGGCCUGACUUGCAACCAUAUCAGUACUUUGACAUCAUUGGCGGAACGAGCACUGGAGGAAUUAUUGCCCUUAUGUUAGGCCGUAUGAGGAUGACUGUCGAAAGCUGCAUCGCCGAGUAUCAGAAGCUUGGGAAGAUUGUCUUCGGGGAGCCCCGGGGCCUCUUUCACGAAAACAUGUUUGAUGCGAAAGUCCUUGAAGAGCAGACAAAGAAAGUGGUGAAGAAGUACCUUGGGGAUGAGAAUGAUCCUCUACUUGAUCCACUUGGAGAUGAUGCGUGCAAGACCGUCGUCUACACCCUCCCGUACAGAGGUGCAACGCCUGAGGAGCCAGAGGCCCUGCGGACCUACAUUAACGUCAAUAUCAACCCUAGGCCCAAACCCUGGACUAUCUGGGAAGCGGUGCGCGCCACCUCAGCCGCUACAACCUUCUUCGAGCCCUUCAUACACGGCCAGUCUGGCAGCGAGAUCCGGUAUAUCGACGCUGGGUUGGGCUUCAACAACCCUGCCGAUCUCGUGCUUGAGGAGGCUACGUCGCUGUGGACCGACAAUGGCUACCUCGAUCCAGAACGCGACAUUGGAUGCUUUCUGACCAUCGGCACGGGCAUCAGUAGCGUCACACGUAUGGACAAGAAGACCAUCACAGAGGCCAUCACUGCCAAGGUUAGAAAGCCAGUGCAGGCUGUAGAGGUGUUAAUGAAAAUUGGAACUGGUACAGGGCCUACACAUAGGAACGUGGCACGGCGCUUCAACCCUACCAGCAAUGUGUACCAGCGUUUCGAUGUGGAUCAGGGCAUUCAGGCCGUCAAUCUCUUUGAGCACGAGAGACGCGAGGACAUUGAGGUCGACACGAAUGCGUAUUUAAGAAAACAUUCUAUAGGUGUGCAGUUGUCGCAGGCUGUAGAGAAGAUGAAGGUCCUCGGUCUUCGAACACCCGAGUUAAUGGGGGAUCGGAAGGAAGGGGGGGAAGUUUAUUCGGUGGGGGAAAAUGGAGAUGUCGACGACCAGAAGCUCAGGGACCGAUUUGAAGCACUGAGGAUAUCCAAACUGGAUUUCCAACGUCAUGCAAAGCACUGGAAGUCAAAGAUUUCUGUGAAUCAAGGCCGAGGUAGUCAAUAUUAUUAUCUCCUAUACAAAGAAAUCGGCCAUGUCCCAUACCUAUGGAACACUUUCGUUCAGGCAGAUCUGCUCGACAAACGCUACAGAGGCAUCCUCGCCAGACGACUUCCCCAAGCCGACGAGUGGCAACUCUGCUUGCGUGGAAACCUUGCGCGGAUAGCCUACGGCGUCGGACAGGAGGAUCUAGAAACGACUGUCACUCGGCUAACUCUAGCUUACGAGGGACUGAGGGAUACCUUCCGAAUAUACCGUCAGCUCUUCCACACCGCCCAGCAAGUGUUUGGUGAGACGAGCGUGACAUACUGUUGGGCUGCGAAACGAUUGGGAGCUUUGCUAGAGCUCUGGGGGUGUCAGAGUGAGGCUUUGGACUUGUACAUUGAGGCACGGGCUGGCAAGUUGAGUUGGUUUACAACUGAUCACUGGUCUACUAAGUGGCUAGAGAACAAGAUCGCCGCACUAAGACACGCGCUUGUCGCACGCCAGAAGCCUGAAUAA